AUGGAAAAGGAGCAACAAGAAGUAAAGGUUUUAACAAGUGGCAAGUUCACAUGGACCAUUAACAACUUCUCUAGUCAGGUUUGGUUCAAAUUCUUCUACUCCGACACCUUCUUCGUCGGUCCCUAUUCCUGGCAGAUAGCUAUACUUCCAGGCAUGCCCAACAUUUAUUUACGAGGCUUAUUGGUAGAUCGAUUGUAUGCUGGCGACAUUGAUAAUGUUCCUGUUGGAUCGAGAUCUCUUAACUUCAAGCUCUCUUUAGUUGAUCAGCUUCAUGGCAAAUCCACUAUAAUAAAUGAGAGUGAGAAUAUCAAUAUUCAUCAGCUCAAAACAGGAGUUGAUGUUGUUUCCUUCAGAGUACAUUCAGACCUAGUUUUUUACCGCAAAAACGGGUUUCUUGUAAAUGACACGGGCAUUGUUGUUGCUGAGGUUUCUGUCAAUGGUUUAGGACUUGAUCAUGAUCAAAAUCACCCAUGUUCAGUUAUGAAGUCCACAGCUUUAUUUUUGGAUUUCAAGGGAUUAUGCAAAAUGGAGAAAGACUAUGUUCAACUACUAGAGAAUUCAUGUUCAAAGUGCCCUUCUCUUAUUGAAAGCCAUAGAAAGAGAAAAAGGAGCCAAAGGUUCAAUCAACUUUCAUUCACAAAAUUAGGGAAACUGUUGCAUUUUCUAAAGACUAAGAAAGUGAAGGACAUGAAGAGUGAUGAUGCUUGUAUGGAGUUACAAGAUUUAUGGGAAGAAGCUGAGAUUAGAUUUGAUGAUUUGAGUUGGUUGGAGCCACAUGUUAAAUCUGCUUUGAGCUAUUUUGAGAAUGCAGCCAAGGUGGAAAAGCUUAAGGCUAAUGUGGUUGAUUUAGAAGAAAAAUUUAAGACCCUGAAAGCAGAUGCAAUUGCUAUAGAUGCUGUUCUUGAAACAACAAAGAAAGAAUUGGCAAAGGCUGAAGAAGGUUUUAUAGAAAUAGAUUUGGAUGAUCAACUAGGAUAUGGAAUACCCUAA